AUGUGGCAGAAUUCUUUUUUUAUUGCAAUAUUUAUUUUGAAUUUUCCCGAGAGCGAUGGUUCCCGGGCCCAUUUCAGUAAUCUCUCUCACGAGUUCACAACUCCGUCUGAUGAAAUCGGACCCAUGCUACCCGAUGACGGGUUUCAAACCUCCACUGUGAUAGCUGGCCUUAUGCCCGAUUCUUUCGGGGAGAUGUUUAAUUUCUUAGAUGGUGACAGCUUUGGAAUUGGUCCAAUGCAUGAAUUCGUAUACGGAUGGCAAGCGAUAGUGAACACUAUGAGCAUGAAGAACAAUGUUGAGGUACGAAAACGAGCUGGUCUUCAGAGGUUUGCUCUCGCCGGUAUCAACGGAAUAACUCUCAUAUCACAUAUUGGAGUUACGGAAAUUAUGAUUAAUGGCACCAGAAGCUACUGUUUCGGUGGAGUUUCUAGACCUCCUGGCAGGAGGAGUGUUAUUUGCAAAGGUGCAAUGUAUCAAGAAGGAAGAUUCUCGUGCAAGGUUCCUUACCUUCGCUAUCCAACAGUACUAGGAUAUAGAUACUGCAUAGAUAAUUAUGCUGCCGUUUCGUCUUUAGACGGCACAUAUAAAACCACAUACUGCGCUCGUGGUGAAUCUAUACCGAAAUUUCAUUACGAUUACAUCUGCGAACGUAGAGACGUUAAAAUAAAACGUGUCAAUCUAACGGAUCCCAAUGAGAGGUUUAAUAUACGUAAUCCUGUUGUACGCAGAGCUGAAUACUAUCGGGCUCCCUAUGAUAUAUUGAAGGCUUGUCCGGAUUGGUACGGAUGCAAUUUACGUAUAUCGCCUGAAUCUUUACAUCAACAAAUACCGACCGGCCUGUUAGACGCUAAUGAGACGGCUUUCGUUGGACACGGCGGGAAAUACUGGCUUGCUUUAUAUUAUACACAGCUCUCGACAUACGCAAUUUACUUCCAAGCUCAUGGUGAAUACCCGUGGCAAUCAAGUCGACCUAUAGUGUCUAUAGACAAAGGUGGUAUCUGGGAGCAGCUUUUGAAAGCAAAUAUAGGUCCAGACAUGAAUUUGCAUUACAAUUUGAAUGGUAUUUAUAAUAGAUACCCUGGCGGUGUGGUUAUGGCGGAUUUAAUGAGAAAUGAUGGACAGGUCCAACCAUCUAACUUUAGAACGGAUAAUAGAGACGGAGCUCCAGAGGAUAUUGUUAUUGGUAACACUCAUCUUUCUGCGGAUGGAGCUGCUGAUCCAAAUGCCGGCAACUAUAAACGGGGAUUUUUGUCCACAAGGAUCAAACAAGAGCGAGCCGUGUCUUGGGGUAAAAGCAACACGGGCACUACGGUGGCCCCCGACAUACCAGCUCCGGCGCCCCAACACACGGGGGUACUGGAGAUGACUGGAACAGAUAACAUCCGCUUCAGCGGUCACACCCUUGACAAGGCCACCAAGGCUAAGGUGACCUUGGAGAACUUUUACACGAAUCUCAUCACACAGCACUAUGAGAGGAAGCAACGACUAGAAAAAUUGGAAGAGUCGCUCAAAGAUGAAAGUCUUUCGGAGACGCAGAAACAGGAGAAGAGACAGCAGCAUGCUCAGAAAGAAACCGAGUUCCUAAGGCUUAAGAGAUCUAGACUUGGCGUUGAGGAUUUUGAGCCCUUAAAGGUGAUAGGUAGAGGGGCGUUUGGUGAAGUAAGAUUGGUGCAGAAAAAAGAUACGGGACAUGUUUACGCCAUGAAGAUAUUGAGGAAAGCGGAUAUGUUGGAGAAGGAACAGGUGGCCCAUGUUCGUGCAGAAAGGGAUAUUCUAGUAGAAGCAGAUCACCAAUGGGUCGUCAAGAUGUACUACAGCUUCCAAGAUCCCAUGAACCUUUACCUCAUCAUGGAGUUUCUCCCCGGCGGUGAUAUGAUGACCCUGCUGAUGAAGAAGGACACACUCAGCGAGGAAUGUGCUCAGUUCUACGUAGCUGAGACAGCGCUAGCCAUUGACAGUAUACACAAACUUGGAUUUAUCCACAGGGAUAUAAAACCUGACAACCUUCUACUCGACGCGCGCGGUCACAUCAAGCUGAGCGAUUUCGGUCUGUGUACGGGCCUCAAGAAGAGUCACCGCACGGAUUUCUACCGGGACCUAUCAAGGGCAACGCCAUCAGAUUUUAAUUUCUUUUCAGUAACAACGUCGUCAUCGGCUAUGGAUUCGAAGCGCAGGGCUGAAUCUUGGAAGAGGAACCGGAGGGCGCUCGCGUAUUCGACGGUUGGCACCCCUGACUACAUAGCACCGGAAGUGUUCCUGCAGACCGGAUAUGGACCUCAGGCUGACUGGUGGAGCCUUGGUGUCAUCAUGUACGAGAUGCUGAUAGGAUAUCCGCCGUUCUGUUCCGAGUCGCCUCAAGAGACGUACAGGAAGGUGAUGUCCUGGAGAGAGUCGCUUACUUUCCCACCGGAAAUACCCAUCAGCGAAGAUGCCAGGGAAACUGUUAUGAGAUUCUGUUCCGAACCUGAUAGACGUCUCGGCUCUCAGCGUGGUAUAGAAGACGUGAAGUCUGUGUCAUUUUUCCGAGGAGUUGACUGGAGCCACGUCCGCGAACGGCCGGCAGCCAUCACGGUCGACGUCCGCUCUAUAGACGACACGUCGAACUUCGACGACUUCCCUGACGUUAAGCUCGAAAUACCUUAUUUUCCAGCAUCAGCGCCCAUAACACAGGAGGGUGAGAUAGCUUAUAAGGAUUGGGUUUUCAUCAACUACACGUUCAAGAGGUUCGAGGGUCUCACUCAGAGAGGGACGCCUACCAAGAAAUGA